UGUUACGCCGAAAUACGUUACCUCGUUUGACACCGUUUCCUCGGUAGCUUCGCUGUUUUCAGUCUAACUUCUGGACUUUUUGAGCAAUGACACUGUACAGAAUGGCUAAAAGUAAGCUUUAUUUUGUGUUAUAGCAAAGAAAACGUGUCCCGGUGGCUGAAUGUCACCGUUAGCGCCAACGUUGUUUCCGGCAGCUACAAAAACACACUCGUUUGUGGAAAGGCUAAGUACAGCUGAUGUAUUUAUUAUAAACCACAACUCCUGGGACUUUUUUUUCUUCUGCGCCCAAAGCUGAACACUCAACAUGAGAAACACACCUAGAUGGCUUUAAUUUAGCCGCUAUGUGCGGGACAGUGUCACAGGGGAACAUAUCUCGACACAACAUCCCGGCCUGGGUCACUUUUUGUUUUAUAGUAUAAUUGUAUUUGUAUCGGGGGGUUUCACGUAUUGCAGAGCAGUAAACCAGAACAAACACGUGUGUUUGUUCCACUUUAACAAUGUAAUUACUGUUUAUUACAUGUUUUUAUUCAUUAAAUGUCUCAUUUUGCUGAUUAUAUGUAAGCUGUCGCGUGCAGAAACAUCGCCACGUGUAACGUUAAAGCUGCUGUUGUAAAUAAUGAAUGGACGUUUACUCAUAAACAUGAAUCAGUGAUAGUAAAGUUGGCUGAUAUUUGUUUAUCCCGGGCGCGCGCGGGCGGAGGAGACUCUCCCCGUGCAGCCGGUGUUUUAAUAUUCCUCCGGUUAGAGCUGAAAUUUGCGUCCCGUCAGCUGUUGGUGCGGAUUGUGAACCGGAUUUCUCAGGGUCGUUCUGACCCACGCAGCCUCGGCGUGUCGAGUCCACUUCGCAUUUUCAGCGACGCCCCCUAAAUUCCGUGCAGAGUGUUUGCAGACCCUCCGGGACGGAGAGGUGGAGGAGGAAUCGGCAGCUCCGCCGUCCAUAUACGCUACAAUCACCUCGCCUUCAGUCCAUGACUUCGUCAGAUAUUUGACAGGAGAGUCCGGGCCGCGUUCGGAAGGUGAGCUCUCCAGGACUCUGAAGCUGCAGCAGAGAAUGGGAAUAGGGACUCAGGCCAAGGCUUGCCAUUUUGGCUGAAGUAUCAGCAGGACAGUUGUCAGCCUUGCAUCAGCUUCAGCCCCCUUCUCCCCUCACCUCGUCUCCCACACACACUAACGCACAAGGACAAACAGCCCCCCGGCCUCUGCUAUGUCCACCGCCGUAGACAUCGCCGGCCCUUCCUCCCCAGAUCAGGCCCACAGCAGCGCUAAAAUCCCCAACGAGCCUCUGAGGCCGAGCCUUAAGCGCUCCAGCCACCCCUACAGCCUCUCCCAUUACAUCUCCACCCCUUCCCCUGCUGUUGACGUCAAAGGCCUGAUCCAGCCGUCCCCAGUCCAGCAGCCUGCCGCCCAGUCCGGCCACACGAAGCCCCGCCGGGCCCCCUCCUGGCCCGACAUGUGGGAGUCACCCAGCGGGCUCCACCUGGCCCAUGCCGCGGAGCUGCUGAUGCGCGCCGGGCUGCUGGCUCUCACCCCUACCACCACAGAGCAGGCCAGCCUGGGUGCACAGAGCAGCCAGCCAGCUAAAAGGGAGGCCGCAGAGGCAAAGGGGGAGAAGGGGGACGGAGAGGGAGGUGGAUCUGGGCCUGAGGAGGAGGAAGAGGACUCCUCUGGAUGUAGCACUGACUUCCAACCCUUCCUGGGUGCCUGGUUUCCCUUCAGCCCUGCCCUGUUCCCCCUGGCAGGCUUCCAGAUGGGUGGAGGCCACUGGAGAAGCGCAGCGGUGGGCGCCGAGGGCAUGGAGGGGCUGGUGGCCGAAGGCUACUCCCCUAGCUCUCUGGGAGGAGGCAGCGGAGGCAGGAGGAAGAGGAAGAGGUGCGGCGAGUGCGUACCUUGCCGACGUCAGACGAACUGCGAACAGUGCAGCAGCUGCCGCAAUCGCAAGAGGGGACACCAGAUCUGUAAAUACAGGAAGUGCGAGGAGCUGAAGAGGAAGCCGGGGGGGCUGGGGUUUGACAGCAGAGUGUCCGGGUUCGAUCUGAGGGGCUCCGACUUUACUUUGGGUCUGGCACAGGAGAGGAGCAACGGGGCCUUGGAUGGAUAGUAACUGGUGGUUGUUUGGGGAGCUGUAGUCUAUCGCAGUCGUACGGGACACGGCUCUAGCGCGUCGGGACCGAGGUACAAAGAUCUGAUCCGCUGUUUAGCCAGGAGCUGCAGCUCCGAUUAAGAAUGUCCACACUCGUUUCCAUCCUUUCAUUUGACAAUCAGUGAAACUGGAGAGGGGAAAAGAAGGAUACCAAUGUGUGUCGGUACUUAGACGACAACCAAACGCUGUAAAUAGACUGUACAUAUCUGGAAAACACAUGUCCUUUUUUACAUUGCUUUCCAGUUUGGAUGUAUUGUGCUUCGACAUUAAGAAAAGGAGCCGAUAUGUUUUUGUUUCUAAUGAGGAGUUCUGCUUCUUCUGUUGUUCUGACGUCACCGCAUCAGUAAGCAAGGAAUGAGUUCAGCCUCGGCUAAAUUAUUUCAUGUGCAACUUGUACUGUAUAGCUCUGUUUGCCCUUUUGAAAUAAAAGAAAGCUGCCUUGUG